AUGGAAUGGGUUAAGGCAGUAGAUUUACUAGUUUUUGAUGAUAAUGUCUCUUGUUGUGAUAAAGGAAAUAAAGUUUUAAUGGUUUGUACAAGUGUUUAAUGUAGAAAAAAGCAGCGUUUAGUUUGUAUGAAAUGCUCUAGAGUCCAUUAAGAUCACUCUAAUGAGCUUAUAAAAGUUAAGUAAUUUAUAAAGCAUUCUAGUGAAAGACAUGACACUACAAAAAAGGUUUAAAAUUACAAAGAAGAUAUGCCAACUUAGCCAGUCAAUUAUGUAGACUCAAUAGUCAAUAAUACUAUUGCUAAAUAGAAGCAGAGCUUUGCCCAGCAGAUGUAAGAAAUAUAGUAAAGAAUGUCAUUUGGAGUUAAGAAGGUUUUAGGAUAAUUAGAUGCUUUUGAUAGAUCUAGAGAAAAUGUGUUGAAAUUAGAUAAAAAGAAAGGAGCCACUUUAGAAACUCUUUCUACUGAGUUCUUAGAAAUGGUAAUAGAUUUAUAUUGGAAACAGAAUAAAGAGUAUGAUUGCGAAAGUGAUGUGCCUUAAUUUGUAGAAGAGCAAAUGCUUAAAUGCUCUGAAAAUAUUUAAUCUCUACUGUCUGAUGUUUUUUAGAUGAUUAAUUAAGAAGCUAAUAAAUGCUUGAGUAGAAUUAAAACUCUAAUUAAAAAUGAUAAAAUAGAAGAGUUGUAAAAACAAUUUGAUAAAGAUGACAGAGAUAAAUCUCCUCCAAAAUUCCCUAAACCAAGAAAUUACUCUCAAUCUCAGCCUAGACCAAUUAGUUCUAAAAUUUUUAGCAAGACUACUGAUUUGUAGGAAAUAGAAAACAAAAUUAAUUAGUAACAGGAUCUUAUAAUAAAGGAUAUUGAGAAACUACAAGAUAAUAAGGCAAAUCUAUUUUCUGAGAAUAACAAUUUGCAAGAUCUAAGUGACAAGUAUUUCUAGAUGCUUGCAGAUAGAAUCUAAUAAAAAAAAAAUGAAAUAGAAAGAAUGGAGAAAUGUAAGAAUAUAUAGAACUUAAAAAUUGCAAGAAACUAGCUGAAUACAUUAAUAAGAGAGUAAGUCCAACUCUAUAAGAAAAUGAAUGCCUAAAAACUGAGAGUAGACAACAGAAUUUUAGAAGUUUUGAAAAAUUUAGAAUAUAAAGAAGAGGAGUUGCAAGAAUCAAAAGUCAUGGCACAAAAGGUUUCUAUUUAAAGAACUCUUUAAAAGUCAAUACACAAUUUUACUGAAAUGAAUAACGAUGACUAAACUAUAUUUUCUACUGAUGAUUCUCCUACAAACAAGACUCUUUAAAUUACUUAACAUGGAUAAGAUUAAAUAUAAAAAAGCUAUGCAAGUUAUUAGAGCAAUAAUCUUUAGGGGUAUAUUACACAAUAACAGCCUUCAAGCUAUUCCAAUUCUAUAAGGAUUUAAAAUCGUAAAUAGACUUAAAUCAGAAAUACAUCUUCUUCAAAGUAAAGACCUGACUCGGCAUGCAAUUAAAAUAUUCGAAACAAAUCCUUUUAUUCAGUAGGAACAUCUUUUUAAUUAGGAGAAUCAAAUUAAAAGCAAUCAUUUGAAAAAUUUGAUAACAAUAAUAAAAUCUUAUUAAAAUAAAAUAUUAACCAAGCCUACUUGAAUAACAACAGUAACCACUUAUACUGUACUACUAGAUCUGCUUUAACACAAUAAAGUCAGACUCAGCCUUCUCCAACAAAAUCAAAAAGGCCUUCCACAAUGUCAUCUUAAGACUCAGACACUACUGCUGCAUUUUCCCCAGUAAAAAUAAUAAGAAAAGUGAUUUGA